ACGCAGUGGUUCUUACGUCAUUCACGGCCGUGCGUGCACGGUUUUUUAGCAAGGAGCACAAAGUGCAAUGGUGUAUGGCGUAAGACGAUGAAAAUUCAGCGAAAAACACUGAUAGUACACUUUUUCUGAGCCCCGUAGCAUCAAUCAACAGUCAAUCGAUUCGGUAACGUUUGAUUCACACCAGCAACGAACGCCAAAAUGCAACAGUUGUACGCAACCGGUAGAAUAGUGCCAUUCCUAUUAGCCCGCACUGCCAACCAAGCUGUACCAUGCUCGCUGCGUGCCUACUCGGCCCGCAGGCCAGGCUUCUUCACGCAGGUCAUCGAUAACAUUAAGCAGGAGAUGGAGAAGAACAAGGAGAUGAAGGAAAACCUGAAAAAGUUCCGCGAGGAAGCGCAAAAGCUGGAGCAGUCGGACGCACUGAAGGCGGCCCGGCAAAAGUUCAACACGGUCGAAUCGGAAGCUUCCAAGAGUAGUGAGGUGCUGAAGGAGAAUCUGGACAAAAUACGGGGCCGCAUGACGGAAGCGCUGGACGAAGCGUCCAAGACGGAUCUGGCCCGGAAGGCCGGUCAGCUCGGCGAGGAGCUGAGCAAGACGGCACGUGGCGUCGGUGAAACGCUGGCCGAGAAGGGGCAGGUGAUCGGCCAGUCCGGUGCGUUCCGGGGCAUUAGCGAAACGGCGAAAGUGGUACGGCAGGAGAUGGACAACCAGAGCAUCGAGGCACGGGUAUACCGGAGCCCGGAAAAGUUACGCAAGCGGGUGGAGGUGUCGAUGGCGACCGACCCAUCCCGGGUGGUGGAACCGAACGCGGAAGCGACCGGGGUCGAGCUGCACAAAGACAGCAAGUUCUACCAGUCGUGGGAAGAUUUCAAGAACAACAAUCAGUACGUUAACAAGGUGCUCACGUGGAAGAUGAAGUACGACGAGUCGGAAAAUCCGAUGAUCCGGGCGUCACGGUUGCUCACGGACAAGGUGAGCGACAUCAUGGGCAAUCUGUUCUCGAAGACGGAGCUGUCGGAAACGCUGACCGAGAUUUGCAAAAUUGAUCCGAGCUUCGAUCAGAAGCAGUUCCUGCGGGACUGCGAGAACGAUAUUAUACCGAACGUGCUGGAGUCUAUCGUGCGAGGCGAUCUGGAGGUAUUGCGCGACUGGUGCUUCGAAAGCACGUACAGCAUCAUCGCGACACCGAUCUCCCAGGCGCAGAAGGCCGGCUAUCGGCUCGAUUCCAAGAUACUGGACAUUGAAAACGUUGACCUGGCGAUGGGCAAGGUGAUGGAGCAGGGCCCGGUACUGAUCGUCACCUUCCAGACGCAGCAAAUUAUGUGCGUGCGGGACGCCAAGGGUACGGUCAUCGAGGGUGACCCGGAGAAGGUGAUGCGGUGCCAUCAUGUGUGGGUGCUGUGCCGCGAUCCGAACGAGCUCGACCCGAAAGCUGCCUGGCGGUUAAUGGAGAUGUCGGCCAACAGUACGGAACAGUUUGUGUAGAGUCCGUGCACCGUGGACUACCUCUUCGCCCAGUCACCUAGAUCGCAAGUGUGUGAAUGUGUGCGCGUGUGUGUGUGUGUAUGAAUGUAUGGAGUACGGCGCGAACACAGCAAUCCAAAACAAAAAUGGAAAUGCGACAGACGUUCCUUUCUCAUCUGUGAUCGCAUAUCAUCGUGCGUGUUCGCGGCCCGAAAAGAAUGGCCAUUUUUGGCGCGUGCCUGUGUAGAAUUUGCGACAAUUAGAAGCUAUAUAAAUGAUAGUGUACAGAUGCGUGUGUUUAUGAAACCGGGGGGCUCAAGAAUUGUAUUGCGUGCGUUUGGGUGGUCGCGCCCACGGUGAUUAUCGGAUAAUUGAUGCUGAACGAACCGAACCAGCAUGGAAGCGCGACCAUCGCAAAGUACGUGUGCAGCGCAGGAGAGGCCGUAACGAAGUCGAAGCUAUCGUGGCAAAUAGUUUGGCAGCGAUAGUACGUUCGCUUUCAGUGUUUUAAGUUUGAAUCGUUUUUCAAACGAUACCUUAUUUUAGUGUUAAAUAUUUCGUACGAGCUGAUAACCGAGCAUGGGAGCGAAUGUGUGUCUCUGUGUGUAUAGGGAAAUAAAGAAGAAACGCAUAAAGGGAUGCCCGGAUCAUAAGAGAACUCUA